CAACAUACACACGAGUGGUGCGUCCUGCCGCGCGCGCGAAGUGGCCUAGGAGAGGAAGCGCAGCGACGAAGCCGAGCUGAGCUCGGCCUUCCUCGACCGAUCGUAGGCGCAGUCUCUCAUCGUCAGUCCUUCUCGUUCUUGGACCCGAGAGAGCACACUUUCGGGGUCAGAUCCAUCCUUGGUGUCCAACAACCUCGUCGCAGCCUCAGCUGUCCUCGGUCACCGACCCGUGCAUCCCAUUCUUAUUGUUCACGCGACCCUCGCCGCUUCUGUGACCGUGUGUUGUGUUUCGGAAGUGUUACAUUGUGAGGUGAAGCCGAUCCCGUCGUCGCACCAACGAGAAUAAACAGAAAGUGGCCGCACGAUUGUGGUUUUCCCCUUUUCUCCCCUCUCUCUCUCUCUCUCUUUCUCAUUCUCCUUCUCCCUCUUUCCCUCUGUUUGUCUCGCUCUCUCUCUCUUUCUCUCUGUCUCUCUCGAGCGACACUGUUCGCUCGCAGCCUCACAAUCAAUCCGAGGACCACCGCUGUUUCUAGCCGACUCGCACACGGUUGUCGUUGACUGGAUUCGCGCGACGGGUCGAACCGACAUACCAGAAGCAUGGUGGAUCAACAGCAGCCGGAACAGCAACAGGAAGCCGUGCCAGGCGUGGUGGAGCUGAACGUGGGCGGUAUAAUUUACACCACCGCGCUGACCACCCUCACCCGGGAGAGCAACUCUCGUCUCGCCACUUUGUUUUCCGGGAAAACGCCGGUCGAGAAGGACCGGAAGGGCAGAUACUUCCUGGACCGGGACGGGGUGCUUUUCCGUUAUGUCCUCGACUUUCUGCGGAAUCAGGCGUUGGUCCUGCCCGAAGAGUUCCGGGAGAAGGAGAGGCUGAAGCAGGAGGCGAAUUUCUACGGUCUACCUGGGCUAGAGCGUGCAAUUUUGGAGAACAAGUUUACGAGCUCGACGGGAAAAAGACUGACCGGGUACAUUACCGUCGGCUAUCGCGGCAGUUUCGCGUUCGGCCGCGAAGGCCUGGCGGACGUGAAGUUCAGAAAGCUGUCGCGGAUACUUGUGUGCGGCCGCGUGACUCUCUGCAGGGACGUGUUCGGCGAGACGUUGAACGAGAGCCGGGACCCUGACCAUGGUACCUCGGAUCGUUACACGUCCAGGUUCUUCCUGAAGCACAGCUGCAUCGAGCAGGCGUUCGACAUGCUCCAGGAACAGGGAUUCAAGCUGGCCGGGAGCUGCGGUUCCGGCACGGCUGGCGGCAACUCGGAGCAGCCGAAGCCCGGCACGGACGCCGAGGAGAAUCGUUGGAAUCAUUACAACGUGUUCGUUUUUUGUCGUGAUUAAAUAGAGUUCCACGUUCCUCUUUGGUCUGAUUUAGCUGAACGAGUCGGUUGUUCGGUAUAGUUGGUGUCUUCUUUGCCGGGAUCGACGAUCGCCCGGUUCCAGAUUACGGAGAAAAAAAAACGGCACUCGGAGGGUCCCGGAACCGUCGUCGGCGGUGCAAGAAACUGCUGCUGCCCGAAGAUUCUCCUUCCGGGACCGAUCGCAAUUGGUAGAGUAAAGAGUAGAAUCAACUUCCCGUGAACAUUGUACAUGUACGAGUAUUAUUCAGAUUAAUCGGGCUACUAGAGCGACAAUGUCACGCAUUCCUCUUUCGAAUGUUCUUUACUCAUUGCCUCCACCGAAUGAAUCCUUUAAACGGCGGAGCCUCGUUCAGAUUGCCCAAGAUUUGUCCCGCGUGCGAGCGAUUCAACGCUCGGCCGAACGCCGGGCCGAGGCGUACCCCAAGAACGAAGCGACGACACCAGGUUCAGAUUGAUUCUGCGGGACAGGGGCUAAAUUGGCCGCGGUACGACGGCCAAGACCAUCGGAAGUAAUAUUGGAGACGACGAGCGGAAUGAUAUUUGGUCGUCGAAUCUUCCGAAGUUUGUUUCUCCGCCCGAGUUCGCCGAGAGCCGCGCCGGCGGGAGCAUGGAAGUUUGAUCGAGCUAGAAAAAACGAGGCUUUACACGAGGGAAUACAAGACAAUGGGACGAUUAUUAUCCGAUCGACGAGACCAAAUUUUUCAAAAAUCGAACGUAUUCGCGACCUCACGCUUAUCUGUCUACCGAUCUACUCGCUAGGGACUAUAGUACUCGUCUAUUUAUAAAAAACGGCACUAUUUCGCCGCACGGAUUCGCAAACUAAACGUCGGCGCUUGUGAUUCGAAGACUUGUCGAACCUGUCGCCGAACCGUGGAUUUUUUCGAUUUGAAAACGAAGGGAAAAGAACGAGGAAGAGAGGAAGAGAGAGAGAGAGAGAGAGAGAGAGAGAGAGAGAGAAAGAGAGAGAAACGCUGUGAGAGGAUAACAGUUUAACGAGACCAACUAGCGUGAAUCAAUCAAUCAAUCACUCAGAGUCUUAACGAUUAUUUUCAAACGGAUACUAACGAACAGACAAAGAAAUGUAGAAUAGAUCCCGGGUUGGCCACCCAACAAGUUUCCCUUCUCAUCAUCGUAAUCAAUCCUAUUAUUCGGAUGGAUCAAGAAACAUAGAUGUUCAAGACUCGGCUUCAAACAACGCUGGUCGACUGUUCGAGGUUGGGCUUGAUAAUUGGACAGGCUGGACGUGCACAAGAGACGCGUGGUGUACGUAUCGUGCAAACGUAGAUUGCGUGUAUGUACACGCCGCCGCGGUGUUUAAGCACACGUUGUCGAGCGAGUUGUCGAAUUUGAUCGCUUUAGGUCGAGAGCGUUUCUCCUCGGAACGGUUCUUCGUUUCGUUAGAAUCUUAAAGGAGGCCGGUCAGUCAGCGUGCUCGCGAGCGAAACGAAAAACGACGUAAGUACAUAUUAGACGGUACGCAUUACACGGAAUCGGGCACGUUUCUCGAGAAUCUAAUCGUCGGACGGAUUUCUUAUCGCGACCGUUUAAAAUAGUCGACUCCGUAGCGGAAGAGACAGAUGUAUGUAUGUAUGUAAUCGGUACUGGAUGUUUCUUUACCUGCGUGGCAAGUCGCACGGCAUCCAUUCGUGUUGGCCAAGAAACGUGUGGAUCGGAACUUCGAAUUAACGGGAGGUAGAGCAGCGUGUUGUGUUCACGAUCUGAACGAGAAUUUUGUCGACGGAAAAUGCUCGGUGCGUUAGCCGGCGCGAGGUAACGAGCGGAAUGAGACUGACGUCGACGUCGGUGCGACGGACGCGCGAACUCUGGUUCGAAUUCUCAAGCGCGGAUAUCUUCUCUAAUCGUAUUACGGGGCGAACAACUACCAACGAAACCGGAUAAGACGAUCUGCACACGAUGACGCUCGCGUUUUAUCGAGUUACCAUUGUAUCAGCUAGAUCUGAAGAGGCUCGCGUAUACGCUCGCGCGAUCCGUGGCUUCUGUUGAGCAAGCGUCCGCGUCCGUGUUAUCGUUUCAAAACAAAUUGAAUCUUCAACGCGAUCCCAGCCACGGGCAGCAACAAGUCAUUUCAAUGCGGAGAAAACAAAAUGAUCCGACGCGCGCGGCGGCACGGAACGGAGCAGGACGGAGCGGACUCGUCCCGGGAACCGCACAAAUUUGCCUCUGGAUUUCGCCGAAGCGCCGGCAAUUUUUCAAGAUGAACGGGCGCGAUCGCGUCACACGCUAAACAAAUGGCCCUUUCAAGAAAAUUUAAAUAUCCGGACACCAGGGACGCCCGGCAUGAAUUCCACUCGAUCUAAGUAGAUCCCACUCGGCCCGUAUUUCUAUUUCGGAUUUUUCGUACUUACACGCAUACUGGAAUUGAUAAAGAAUUCCGUUCUACCAGUUGCAAGACAAUCUUAUCGGCGUAGAACGUAAAUCAGACUUUUUCGUCGUGUCGCCUCUCUUAUUAGACGCCGAAUAGAAUUGUUUGUAAUGUUCCAUCGCGCACGAUGGAGGCGGUUCCCGGACUUUGCAAAUCUUUGACGUCCGUUCGCAGAAAUAUGAUUGCGGCCUGCCUCUGUAAACAGGAAUGUCCACGAGUUCGCACGUGACUUUAUGAUCCAUCGGAUCUACACUGCCGCUCAAAAGUAUGUGGACACCUUUCCUUAACUCUUACUAACUAUUGAAAAAAAAACAUUUGCGAAAUCUUUAAUAAACUCGAUUAAAUUUCACGUACGCCACAAUAUCAGAAAUCGCGUUUAACCAAUAAUUAAUCAAAUCACUCACCAAUAAUAAUAAGAAAACAAUUGUAUCUUCUUCUUAUCAAUAUAUCCCCCGUGUGCUUUUACAAUCGCAUUUAUUAGUUGUGGCGUUCUAGCUGUUAGUUUUUUCAUCACUUCGUUGUCAAUUGGACUCCACUCUGAUUGCAAAACUUCUCAUAAAUGUUUUAAAAAAUAAAUGUUUUAAAAAAUAAAUCUUUCUCUUGCGUAAACUUUUACUUAUUUAAAGGAUUUAAAUAUUUAAAUUUUUCAAUUCGAUGUUAUCAUGGUACAUUACAUGUACAUGCAUUCACAAUAGAAUAAAAAAAAAAAUUUAGCAAUAAUCACUUAAUAAUAAAUAACUAAAUUGGUAAGCGAUCAACGUACUUUCGAGCGACAGUGUAUGUACACUCUCGUUCAUAAAUCACGGGCUACAUUAACAAACGUGUCUUGAAAGCAGACUCAAAUGUUGUUUGAUUUCUAUGAUAAACGUUUCCGAAAUUUUUAAUAAUAAAUUUUUAGUAAAUAA